ACAAAAAGCAAACACAAAACGAUAAUAACAAUAAUUGCACAUAAUAAAUUUUCAUUAUUUAAUUUUAAUAUUAUUAAUUGUAAAAAAUAAAAAAUUUUAAAGGUUUAAAUACUCACUAUUUUUAUUUUAACGAGUUUGUAUUUUAAAUUUGUAUUGUCUCGGACAAAAACUCAUUAUGUCUUAUAUGUUAGCGCAUUUGUUUAAUGGCUGGCAAGUCGAUCAAGCUAUUCUCUCAGAAGAAGACCGAGUUGUGGUUAUUCGCUUUGGUCAUGAUUGGGAUCCAACAUGUAUGAAAAUGGAUGAAGUAUUAUACAAUAUUGCAGAGAAAGUAAAAAACUUUGCUGUCAUUUAUCUAGUAGAUAUAACUAAAGUACCAGAUUUUAAUAAAAUGUAUGAAUUGUAUGAUCCUUGUACAGUCAUGUUUUUCUUUCGAAAUAAGCAUAUCAUGAUUGAUUUGGGCACAGGAAAUAAUAAUAAAAUUAACUGGGCCUUGGAGGAUAAACAAGAAAUGAUUGACAUUGUGGAAACAGUAUACAGAGGUGCUAGAAAAGGAAGAGGUUUAGUUGUAUCACCAAAAGAUUAUUCAACAAAAUACAGAUAUUAAUUUUAAGAUAAAUAAUAUAUUAGUAAUCUAGUUACAUAUUAAUUAAUACUCUAUCUAUAAUGUAGAGUUAAAGAGCAAUAUAUGUAACACUGUUAUUAAAAAAUAUCUCUUAAUAAAAUUAUUGUUUCUAAGUU